GUCGUGUCAAACGGGCCGUGCCGCGCGCGCGCAUCCACCCGCCCGCAUACCAUUAGAUUUUCGUGGUUUUCAAUGGGUACGCGUAACCGGCCGCAGCACAACGCGCGGACGACGUGAAGUGCCGUACGAUCCCAACAUCGCGUUCAUCCAGGUGUCAGAGAGCGCGCGGUGACGGCGGACUCGGAACUCCGGUGAGGCAAGAACUGUCGCCGCGUGAAACUUGCGUAUUUUUCGCAGGUGCGGCGCACAGUCGCGGGACUACGCGGAGCGUACGUCGGGGAGCGACGAACCACGGAACGCCUGAAUUUGCAACGCAGACGGGCUAGGGUUGACGUAUCCUUGUCAGAAAAACGACAACGAGGAAGAGGACAUCUUCUGUGGAAAGAAAAUUUGAGGAUCCACGAAGUAUAUUGUGAGGGUGCGCGCGAAUUUCGCGCGAGGGUGGCACGCGAGGGAAGGAGAAUAGAGAAAAAAGAGAAGACAAGUUCGAACGGACGGAACGAACGAAAGAAGAGAUGUCUGCCGUCGAGAGUGCCUUGGACGUCCUUUCCAGAGCAGCGACAAUGAUGCAAGAGGAGAGAUCGAAGGUGACGAAUCUGCAUCGAAAACCAAGUAGCGCUUGGCGUAAGGACCGUAGGAGAGAUCCGAUUCAGAGCGAAGCGUUGGACAUGUCGAGAACGAAUAAUCACCACAACAGACCGAGCGUGAUCGUUCCUCCUACGACGCAAGCUGGUAUCACAAUCAACUCUGCUGUGACGUCGACGACGUCUACCACGGCUUCGGGCGGACAAAGGAUUAUUAGAACGACGAGUGGCGUUAGUGAUCCCGCGAUAGAUGAACAUUUUAAGCGGUCUCUGGGUCCGAAAAAGUACGCGGCCGUCUUCAACGCCACUACUACGGACAAGGAAACUGGCCUGAGUGUUGAUGAUCACUUCGCAAAAGCACUCGGCGAGACUUGGACAAGGCUUCAGGCAACCAAUCGAACUAAGGACUCCUAACCACCGGAUAGACUUGCCAGAAAUCUUGUCAUCCUACUCGUCAUCGUUCUCGUCGUUGUCCUCAUCGUCGAUUGUGGUAACCUACUCGGGUGAAAUCGUUCCGCUAAAUAUACAUUAAUGAUAAGUCGUAAUCAAUAAGAAUUAGCUGAAUUCGCGAUUAUAUUCGAGGAACCUGCGUCCAAGUAAAACUACAAUUAAAACAGGCCUAUCCAAUUUAAGCUCCGGAAUCAAAACGCAAAGCCAUCGAUAUAAAAAAAUUCAAUGUAAGAUUUUAGGAACUAUAAACUGUUGCUAUUAAACUACGCUAAACAUCACUUAGAUGCGAAUCAUCAACACUUUACAGUCUCCAAAAUCUUACAUUGAAUUUUUUUGCGUCGAUGGCUUUGCUCCAGAGCUCAAAUUGGACAGGCCUGAAUUAGAGGAUAAAUAAAGAAAAUAAACGUCAGGAUACAAUUUUAUAAAAAUGAAGGAUCUUCAAAUUGGAUUUUCGUAUUGAUUUCAACAUUUGGGAAAAAGGAUAUAAGUAAAUAGUU